GCUGCGAUCUGUUUCUGUUUUUAGAGGAGAUUUACCUCGAAACUAAUCUGACAGGUUAUUUCUCCCAACCUUUGACCGGUUUUAUUUCAUACCUGAGGUUUCAUCACUCCCCAAAAGAGUCCUUGCUAUGUCGCCGUCUAGAUGAGCAUGUUUAACGACUGAAGAACAAUAGGAAGUGCGAAAGACUCGUGGGAGUUGCUCUCUGUAUGUAAAGUUUUCUCUUGAAAAUUUAACUGCUUUAUGAAGGUGUUAUAAUCGUAAAGGUUAUAAUAAAAGAAAAAGGUGGGAGAUGAGAUGCCAUCUAAAAACAUCCAUUCGCUUAGCGGCUGGUCUUUUCAUUUGUGCCAGCAUCUACUUCUACAUACGGACACAGUCAGGAAACUUAAAGACCCAGUCAGUGACCUGGAUCUGGGAUAAAGAGACUUGGCCUGAAAAGAUUGAGGGCUAUUACCUGCGUUUCAACACCUCCAUUAAAGUUCUGGCAGGAAACCUUCAGCAGCCCAAGAAGUAUCUAACUCUGGGGCUUGCAUCUGUGAGGAGGAAAAAGGACAAUUAUCUACAAAGCACCCUUCAGUCAAUCUUCUCUCAAUCCUCUGAGGAAGAACUGGCUGAAAUGGUUGUAGUUGUCCUCCUUGCGGACUUUGACCUGAACUGGGUCCAGCAGACCGUUCAGAUGAUUAAGGAAAAUUUCUUCAAUCAGCUGUCCCAGGGUCGGUUGCUGGUCAUCCAUGCCAACCAAGAGAGCUAUCCUCCGCUUACAGGCCUAAAGAGGAACUUCAAUGAUGCUCCUGACCGUGUGACCUUCCGUUCGAAGCAGAACGUGGACUACGCCUUUUUGAUCCAUUUCAGCAGUAACCUCUCCCAGUACUAUAUCAUGUUGGAAGACGACGUGGCCUGUGCCAAGAACUUCCUCUCGAAAUUACGUGAGCACGUUCGCUCGAUGAGGUCCUCAAAGUGGGUCACCCUGGAAUUUUCCAAACUGGGCUACAUAGGGAAACUGUACAAAUCCAGUGACCUGCCCACUUUGGCUCGGUUUUUGUAUAACUUCUACCAGGAGAUGCCCUGUGACUUCCUGCUGACGCAUUUCCGCACUUUGUUGAUGCAGGAUAAAACGAUUCGGUUUCGCCCAUCGCUGUUUCAGCAUGUGGGCACUUACUCGUCUUUUCAAGGCACGUUCAAUCGCCUAAAGGACGAGGACUUUGUCGAAGAGCUCGGCGAUAACCCUCCGGCACACAUUAGUACGAACAUCGAGUAUUUCUCGACCAACACGCCCGACAAGGCGUAUAACCAAGAUUCGGACUAUUUCUGGGGCAUGUCCCCUAUUGGCCCAGAAAGCUACUUCACUGUGACCUUUCACAAACCUAUGAUGAUCUCUCGCGUGCGGAUACAAACUGGACUGGAUGGAAAAGAUGAGCUGACCUCUGCUUCAGUGGAGCUUGGGAGAACUCUGGUGGAGAAAGAGACUACGUGGGAAUGCUCAGGGUUUGAAACACUUGGUUCUCUGAAACAAGGACAGUUUGAUAUGUCAGGUAUUGAAAAACUUGGGAACGCAUCCGUUUCGUGUGUACGAAUCCAAGUCACAGCCGAACAAUCAAACUGGGUCAUUAUAAACUACUUUCAGGUCUGGACAUUUAAGAUUGACUGAACUUAUAAAGCCGAUAAAAAUACUGCAACAUAAAAAUCUUUUUGAUUGCACAAAUGAAUGCCUCACCAUAGCGGACCAAAAUGUACAUCUCUUGGUAAUCUGUGUGCAAGUAUGCAAAGAUUAUACUUUAAUGACACAGCUGAUGGUCCACCAUUCUGAGAAAAGUCAAACUGUGACCAUUUUCUGUGUAUGAUCAUUUUGAUGCAUUUGACAGUCAACUUUAUCCAAAGCUACUUCAAGGUAUCCAGGUCAUUGGUUACUGUGUUAUGUGUUAACCAAACCAACAACCUUUAUCUACCAAACAAAGAAUACUUUUUUUAUCAUUUUUUAAAAACAUGUUUAUACAAAACCUUUGAGAAUGAAAACGGAUUUAUAAGCACAAUGUAACUUAUAUAUUUUUGAUAUGCCAUAAAUAGCUUUAUAGCUCAGUGGUAGAGCCUUGCAUCGUGGGUAGAGCAAAAGGUUGCGGGUUCAGACUCAGGAAACACACAUACUGGUAAAAAUGUGUAGGUUUGCUUUAUAAUGCACAGUAAGUAGCUUUGGAUAAAAGUUUCUUCUAAAUGCAUAAAUGUAAAUGUAUGCUAGUCAUACCUGUCAACACUCCUGUUUUUCCUGGGAAUCUCUCAUGUUUCACUGUAAUCUCUCGCCCUUCCUGUUUUCACGAGAAACCCACAGCUAAAUCGGCAAUGCCUGCGGCUUUUCAAAGUGUGUCACAUUGACAACGUUUACACACACCCUCAUAAUGUGAUUAUUAUGGGAUUUGGCCUAUAUUGUCAUUAUGCUUUACCUCUUGUAAACACAAUACUUCAAUAAAAGUAAUGGGAUUAAGCUCAUAAUUGCAGCAAACAUAAUCGUAUUAAAAGAGGUGGCAUAAGCAAUUUUUAAUCGCAGUAUGCGGCCAUUUAAACAUUUUAAAUGCCUUUAAACCGCACUAAAUGAAGCGUGCGCACAAAGUUUUUUUUUUUAACUUUGUCAACAUGACUCAGUCUGCCUUCAUCCUAGGGAUGGGACGGUCUGAAAAUUUCAUCUCAUGAUUAUAGUGACCAAGUUAUCAUGGUUAUCAAUAUUAUCAUGGUUUUGUUAAAAUGAGAUGGAAAUGUUCAAAAAAAUUUUUUUUCAAAAGUUUCAUUUUUGAAAAUCACAAUUUAAAGGUGACAUAGAAUGAUUGAACGGGGUAUUUAUCCUUGUUCUGUGAUGUGACAUGUAGACAAUUUUUUUUUUUUUGGGUCUGUAAUGCCUUAGAAGCUUCCUAAAAACCUCUCUCAGAUAGCUCUAUAGGGUGGAGGAUUUUAAACAAGUGGUUUUGCACCUAUUUGGCCCCCCCUACUACUGGCUUAACUUGCAAUCUCAUUACUGAUUGGCUGACUUUGCUGCAACUCAAAAAAUGUAGCCAAUUGUUUUAAAGUGGAGGGGGAGUUAGAUGCCUGUGAUGUCAUAAGCAUCAGUUUUUCAGAUUGGGCCGUUUUCUGGCUGACAUUUCUAAAAGAGGAAUUUCUAUGAGACUGAGAUGUUUAGCAUGUUUAGCACUUUUUGUAUGUUUGUGAAUGCAGGUAGACUACCAUUAUUCAACAAAGACAAGGUCAAAAUGGUUUUUCAUUCUCUGUCCCCUUUAAUAUUUCAUAUCCCUGAAAUUAUUUCUGUGGUAAAAAAGAAAUAAAUCUGUCUAAUAAGUUUACAGUGAAUGAAUCCAAUACAUUAUCCCUUAAAAGCCUUCUUGUGCA